CGCGGCUCCGUCCGGCUCCACUGUCCCGGCGACAGACAGCGGCUGAAGUUGGACUACUGCAACUACACAUCCGUAUGACGGGCUUACAAGUCGUCUUUGUCGCCCUUUACGAAUAUUUGACUGUCUGAAGGAAACGAGUCUUGUGUGGUCGUGCUGACUGGAGGCAAGCCAUGGAGGAUGGGAAGCCAGUGUGGGCGCCCCACCCCACCGACGGGUUCCAGCUGGGCAUGAUCGUUGACAUAGGAGCCGACGCGCUCACCAUAGAACCACUGAACCAGAGGGGCAAGACAUUUCUUGCCCCGAUGAGUCAAGUCUUCCCUGCAGAGGAUGAUGUCAACAAACAUGUAGAAGACAACUGUUCCCUCAUGUACUUGAAUGAAGCAACUCUUCUCAACAAUGUCAGAGUGCGGUACAUUAAAGACCACAUCUAUACCUAUGUGGCCAAUAUCUUGAUAGCUGUGAACCCUUAUUAUGACAUCCCCAAACUUUAUGGCCCUGACUCCAUCAAGUUGUACCGGGGGAAGUCCCUGGGAACUCUGCCACCUCACGUCUAUGCUAUAGCUGACAAAGCCUACAGGGACAUGAAAGUUCUCAAGAUGAGCCAGUCUAUCAUAGUUUCUGGUGAAUCUGGUGCUGGAAAGACUGAAAACACCAAGUUUGUUCUCAGAUACCUCACUACAACAUAUGGAAGUGGUCAAGAUAUUGAUGAGAGAAUUGUAGAAGCAAAUCCCCUUCUUGAGGCCUUUGGAAAUGCAAAGACAGUCCGGAAUAAUAACAGUAGUCGCUUUGGAAAGUUUGUGGAAAUUCACUUCAAUGAUAAGAAUGCAGUCGUAGGUGGAUUUGUCUCACAUUACUUGCUAGAGAAGUCGAGGAUUUGCAUGCAAAGUAACGACGAGAGGAACUACCACAUCUUCUAUCGGCUGUGUGCUGGGGCAUCUGAGGACAUAAAGAAGAAACUGCACCUGGACUCUCCUGAAAGCUUCAGGUACCUGAACCGAGGAUGCACCAGAUACUUUGCCAGUAAGGACUCUGAUAAACAAAUCAUGCAGAACCGUAAGAGUCCUGAGCAUCUGAAGGUCGGUGCUCUGAAGGACCCUCUUCUUGACGACCAGGGUGACUUCAACAGGAUGUGCGGGGCGAUGAAGAAGAUCGGUCUGGACGACACUGAGAAGCUGGACCUGUUUAGGGUGGUUGCUGGAGUUCUGCAUUUGGGCAACAUUGACUUUGAAGAAACGGGGAGCUCAUCAGGUGGCUGUGUGCUGAAGAAUCAGUCAGGACAGACUCUGGAGUACUGUGCUGACCUGCUCGGUCUGGACCAGGAUGAUUUACGUGUCAGCCUCACAACCAGGGUCAUGCUCACUACAGCAGGGGGCGCCAAAGGAACAGUUAUCAAGGUGCCUCUAAAGGUGGAACAAGCAAACAAUGCCCGGGAUGCCCUGGCCAAGGCAGUGUACAGCCGCCUCUUUGAUCAUGUGGUCAAACGAGUAAACCAGUGUUUCCCCUUUGAGACGUCCUCCAACUUCAUCGGGGUGUUGGACAUCGCUGGAUUUGAGUAUUUUGAACAUAACAGCUUUGAGCAGUUCUGUAUCAACUACUGCAAUGAGAAGCUUCAGCAGUUCUUCAACGAGCGUAUUCUGAAAGAGGAGCAAGAGCUGUAUCAAAAGGAAGGGCUGGGAGUGAAUGAGGUGCGUUAUGUCGACAAUCAGGACUGCAUAGACCUAGUGGAAGCAAAGCUGGUAGGAGUCCUUGACAUCUUGGAUGAAGAGAAUCGUCUCCCACAACCCAGUGACCAACACUUUGCACUGGCUGUUCACAGCAAGCAUAAAGACCACUUCAGACUGACGGUUCCCAGGAAGUCGAAGUUGACCGUUCACAGGAAUCUGCGGGAUGACGAAGGCUUUAUCAUCAGGCACUUUGCUGGAGCUGUCUGCUAUGAAACGGCUCGGUUUGUGGAGAAGAAUAAUGAUGCCCUCCACAUGUCUUUGGAGAGCUUAGUGUGUGAAUCAAAAGACAAAUUUGUGCGAGCCUUGUUUGAGAACUCCAACACCGCCAAGGACUCCAAACAGAAAGCUGGCAAACUGAGCUUUAUCAGCGUUGGCAACAAGUUCAAGACCCAGCUGAACCUGCUGCUGGAAAAGCUCCGCAGUACUGGCUCAAGUUUCAUCCGCUGUGUAAAACCCAACCUGAAGAUGGUCAGCCACCAAUUUGAAGGAGCCCUGAUUCUCUCACAGCUGCAGUGCUCAGGUAUGGUGUCAGUGUUGGACCUGAUGCAGGGAGGCUUCCCCUCCAGAGCCCCCUUCCAUGAGCUCUACAACAUGUACAAACAGUAUAUGCCCGAUAAGCUCACACGCCUGAAUCCACGACUCUUCUGCAAGGCUUUGUUCAAAGCUCUGGGUCUAAAUGACAAUGACUUCAAGUUUGGAUUGACCAGAGUGUUCUUCCGCCCUGGAAAGUUUGCUGAGUUUGACCAGAUCAUGAAGUCUGAUCCAGAUCACCUUGCAGAGCUGCUGAAGAAAGUCAAUCAGUGGUUGGUGUGCAGCCGCUGGAAAAAGGUCCAGUGGUGCAGCUUGUCUGUCAUAAAACUACGGAACAAGAUGAGUUACAGAGCGCAGGCCUGCAUCAAGAUACAGAAGACUGUCCGCAUGUGGUUGUGUAAGAGGAAGCAUAAGCCGCGCAUUAACGGUAUGGUGAAGGUCAAAAACCUGAAGAAACACAUGGAGCGGUUCAAUGAGGUGGUGAACGGACUGAAGGAGGGCAAGCAGGAGAUGGCCAAACAGGUUAAGGAGCUGGCCGCAGCCAUCGACACUCUGUUGGCAAAGAUAAAGGCCACAGUGACAAUGACCUGGAAGGAGAUAGACACAGAGUACCAGGGGCUGGUGAAGCGCUCAGAGCAGCUGCUCUCCUCAAUGCAGAAGAAGAAGCAGGAGGAGGAGGAGAGCGAGCGGCUGAAAAAAAUCGAAGAGGAGAUGGAGAAAGAGAGAAGGACGAGGGAGAAGGAGGAGCAGCAACGCAAACAGGAGGAGGAGGAAAGAAGACUGAAAGCAGAGAUGGAGCUGAAGAGGAAGCAGGAGGAGGAGGACAGGAAAAAAAGGGAGGAGGAGGAGAAAGUUAUCCAGGCAGAGUUGGAGAUUGAACUGGCUCUGGAGCGUGAGGAGCAGGUCCAGCGCACCACCAUACUGGAGCAGGAGAGAAGAGACAGGGAGUUAGCCAUGAGAAUCGCUCAGAGUGAGGCGGAGCUCAUCACUGAGGAGGGGCAGAUGGAUGCAGGCCUGCGCAGUGAUGAGUCUCUUUCAGAUCUUCCUAUCUCUUCAUCCUCAGCCAGAUCCAUGGGUCCUCAGGUGCAGGCGACCAAAGCUGCGGCUGGCGUGAAAAAGUAUGACCUCAGCAAGUGGAAGUACGCCGAGCUGCGAGAUGUCAUCAACACUUCCUGUGACAUUGAGCUGCUGGCCGCCUGCAGAGAGGAGUUCCACCGUCGUCUGAAGGUUUAUCACGCAUGGAAGUCCAAGAACAAGAAGCGUAACGAUGACGGAAGUGAUCAGAGAGCUCCUAAAUCUGUCACUGACUAUGCGGAGCAGAACCCAGCUCCUCCAAUGACGGCCCAGCAUCAGGAGGUGGCCAUGAACCGGCAGCAGCGAUAUUUCCGCAUUCCUUUCAUCCGGCCCGCAGACCAGUACAAAGACCCCCAGAAUAAAAAGAAGGGCUGGUGGUACGCCCACUUCGAUGGGCCCUGGAUAGCCAGACAGAUGGAGCUUCACCCAGACAAACGACCUAUUGUGUUGGUUGCAGGCAAAGACGACAUGGAGAUGUGUGAGCUGAGUCUGGAGGAGACGGGUCUGACAAGGAAGAGGGGUGCUGAGAUCCUACCCAGGCAGUUUGAAGAAAUCUGGGAGCGUUGCGAUGGAAUUCAGUACCUCAAGAAAGCCAUCGAGAACAAGCAGGCCCGCCCCACACACGCUACUGCCAUGCUUCAGAGUCUCCUCAAGUGAAACCAGAGCAACAAGAUAAGAGUUCAGUCUCGAAACAUGAAACUGAUACACAGACUCGCAAACAUCUCAAGACGGCACAGUGCGUGUGUGGUUUGCAGGAUGAAAAGAAGAAACCACAGCUCUCACUGUAGGCACUAAACCAUCUUCUUUUUAAAAACCUGAAUGUUGUUUAUUUUCACUUUUUAUAUCUUUACUUUGCUGUGUUACAUUUGUGUCCAGUCUUCUUCUCAAUCUACACUUGAAAGGAAAACCCCAAUGUGAGGCCUUAUAUUGCAAUGUGACUGCACUACACCGAGAAAGUCUUACAAGGUGGCACAGCCUCUGUAGAUACUGAUAUUCUGAAAACCUCAAUGAGCUGCAGUCAGGACGGUAAAUUAGACUUUUAGAGAAAAUAUGCAGAGGUGCUUUUAAUAGUCAUAUCUUUCAAGUAAUGCUUUAUGCUCUUCUGGAUAUCAAGGCUCUAAUUACUGUUCAAUACCCAGUCACCUGAUUUAACUGAUUAACUAAGAUAUUUUCACACAUAUGCAAAUUUAAAAAAACAUCUUAAGCAAACACUUAAUAAUUUUAAUCAGGAAUAGAACAUAAUAUUGUUUUAAAAUAUAAUAGAAUAUUUAUAUACAUAUUUAAAUCAUAUAACAUAUUAUAUAAGUUGAAUAUAAAAGUUAUUAUAUUUAAAUCCUCCAUCCACCACAAGUUCAAAACAUGAAAAACAAAUGCUAAAUCUUCCAAACUGAAGUCCACGCAGCUGUAGAAUGUAUUUUUGCUCGCAGACACACCUUCUAACAAAGUUAAUUAUUUUGAAUAAUUGCUGGCUUUAUUAGCAUCUUAGAUGUUUCAUCUUUUUUAUCAAUCCAUUGUUUCCUUGCUGCAUAUACACACACACUACUACUCUACUCUCUUAACUGUUGAAAUCCUUAAAAAAGCAAACUUUUUGUUUUGUAUUCAUUUGUUAUGCAAGAGGGAAAUGUAGAAGUUUGUUUUUGUGUUUGCAGUUUUUUGGGGGUUUGGGGUUGUUUUACAGACAACAUUGUAAUUUGUGUGUGUGUUGUGCGUGUGUGUGUGUGUCUUAUAUUUUGUUAAGCUGAUUACUUGAGUAGACUGGUUAGGCCAGGGACAUGUCAGUCAUCUCAUCAGACAAUCAUGCAGUACCUUUUAAUUACAGUAACUGUAACUCUCUCUUGGAACUGAUUGUAUGUUGGCCUUUGAACUGGAAUAUGGUAGAAAUUAAACAUUUGUCCCCAUGUU